UCUUUAAUUUUUAAGUAAACUAUGCUUUUUUAUAAAACAAAAUAAUCGUUAGACCUACAAUAACUUAUUAAUGGCCAGUAUUAUCAACCUACUACAAUUUAAAUAUUAUUUUUGUUUUUUAGAGGCUUUAAAUAAAUAUAAAUCAAAAAAUAACACAUUCCCUAAUAAUAUCGUUAUAUACAGAGAUGGUGUGGAAGAUGGUCAGUUAUCUUAUGUUCAUCAAACAGAAGUUGAUAUGGUAAAGAAAACAUGUAAAGAAUUUUACGGGGAUAAAAAAGUUGGCUUGGCAUUUGUUAUAUUUAAAAUAUGCAACAACACAAGAUUUUUUUGUAACAAUCCUAAUAUAUAUCAAAAUCCACCACCUGGAACAGUUAUUGAUAAUACUGUCACUGACCCAACUAUGUACGAUUUCUACUUAGUCUCUCAAAAUAUAACAAAAAAUGCAGCAACGCCAACUCACUACAAUGUAAUCUGGGAUACUCUCAAUUAAACAACUGUAUCCAAUUUCACACCCACGAUAGUUCAAAGACUUACUUAUAAAUUGACUCAUAUGUCCCACAAUUAUUCGAAUACACAAAUGGUUCCAGGCCCUUGUCAAAUGGCACACAAAUCAGCUACUUUUACAGCAAAGUUACUCAGGACUCCUCAUUACUUUUACUUUGUUUUAUGUAAUUUUUUUCACUAAACACUGUGUAGAGACUUUAUUUAUGAUAUAUUAAUGUUAUA